ACACAUCCAGCCAGGGGCUUGUGGCAAAGAGCAGCUGCUGACCCAAACUCAGGCUAUAAGGCGAGCUGGUGUGUCUGCAGCACACUGCUUUGGACAGCAUGAAGACGCUCUUUUUCACCUGUAUGCUGGUGCCGUGGCUGGUGGCAGCCUCGGCCAGGACUUUCAACCACGACUCACAGCUGAUACCGGGAUCUCUACCUGGCAGUCAACUGAGUGGAUACUUCAGUGACUACUUGAAAUCAAGGAGGGCUAGGAGAGCACUGCCUACUGCAGAUGGACCUGAUGACAGCCUAAUUACAGCGGGAGGAGAUGCCGACCUUCCCACCUGCUUGCUCUGUGUGUGUCUGACUGGCUCGGUGUACUGUGAGGAGGUCAGUCCAGACAUGACCUCCAUUCCCACACUGCCCAAAGAAACAGCCUAUCUGUAUGCUCGCUUCAACAAGAUCAAAAAGAUCAAAAACAAAGACUUUUCUGACAUUGUGACUCUAAAGAGGAUCGACCUGACAGGGAACCUGAUCUCGGAGAUUGAAGAUGGAGCUUUCUCCAAGCUAACCCUGCUGGAGGAAUUGUCUCUGUCUGAGAACAGACUGGUCAAACUUCCUGCACUCCCUGCUAAACUCACAUCCUUCAAUGCCAACCACAACAUGCUCAGAACCAAGGGAGUCAAGGCUAACGCUUUUAAGAAACUCACCAAGCUGGUUAACCUGUACCUGGCCGACAACAUGCUGGAGGCUGUUCCACACAUCCCGGAGAGUGUUCGGAUUUUACAUCUCCAGAACAACAACAUCACGGACGUAAACGUGGACACCUUCUGCAGGUCCAAUGACACCUAUUACCUACGACCAAGUCUCAGUGAGGUCCGCCUGGACGGCAACCCAGUGGUGUUGUCAAAGUACCCCGACAACUUCACCUGUAUGAAAGUACUGCCUGUCGGAAAGUACCGUUGAGGAGGCUGAAACUUAACUGCACUCCUUUUGUUGCUGAUGGAAGUUUUCCCACAACAGAGUGCUGGGAGAUCCCAUGAUGUUCUGGAUUUUGUGGAGCUGGUCCCACAGAUGUCAACGUUUUUACUUCAGCAAACCUACAAAUCAGCCUGCAUCGGGUCAAAAUCAAACCAUUGACUGGAUUGAACGUGUAAAAUUGAAGGUGUUUAUUAAGUCAUCUAAAAGCUUUUACUGACAGGUGGCCAGUCAGUAAAAGGCAUUUCAACAUUAUACGAAAGAGUUGCUGAGCGUCAGAGUCCCUUGAAUUGAUGUAAAAGUCAGCUGACAAGCAGUGUAACGAUCUCAUAUGCUUCAAACAAACUAGUUUGUCUGACCACAUUUAAAUCUGUGCUUCUACUUGUAAUCUAAAUGAGUGAAAGGAUGCUGCAUCGACCCUAAUCCCUUAUGUCUUCAAAUAACUGUUACGUUGGUAUUACUCUUGAUGCACUGAAUCAUUCACAACUCCACUCAUAUAACCAUUUGAGUGGAAGUAUGUGUUAGAUUGUCUGUUUCAGGCCAUUUCUAAGCCUUAAAUCCCACAAGGACUUUGUUUGAAGCAUGAUGAGGUGUUCUCUGGGCCUGGCAGCCUAAAAGCAACCUUCUGACAGCUAACGAAAUGCUACUACAGCUAAUAUAACCCCUUUAAUGAGUGAAGCAGUGGCAAUGGUUCUACUCUGACAGUCCAAUUUGUUGUUUCAUUUUGACCUGCUGCUCUGCUGCAUGGAUGAACCAAUCUUAAAAACAAACAAAACAGCUUGUGACCUUGAAUCAACACAAACACCUACAGCCAAAAACAAACAGGCUUGCUUGCAGCCCAAGGUCUUCACAUUCUUUUUCAGUACCGUGUGUCACGUUAGUGAUGAGCAUCAUUUUGGGUUUUUUUUUUACUCAACAAUAGAAUACUACAUUCAGAACGAUGCAUCUAAAUGAACUUUCAAUACUUUCCUUUUAAAGGGACAUUACAGAUUCUCAUAAUCUCAAUAAGAAAUCUUGAUUCUUGAUUUCACCUCGACCAAUAAUCGGUCAAUGGGCACUCAGUACAUGACUGAAGUGCAGUUUAAUGGAUGCAUUAAUGAUCAUAUCUAUGCUUUAUUUUCAAACUUUCAAAUUCAGUUUGUUUACAAAUUGUCACAACUGAAUGAAAAUCUUAGUGUAAGAAAGAGACUGUUUUUAGGCAUUUUUAAUAAACUCAAGCCAGAUCUCAACAUUUUUGCAUUGAGAGGCGACGUAUCAUUCAUGCUUCCUGCACUAUAUUUUUAAUCUGGGACUCUUUUGGCUCAGUCUUGUAUGAUAAAAUCCAUAUUUAUCACAAACUGACCCUGACCUUUUGCCCCUGUGUUUUCAGGGCCCUCCUUCCAGUGAGCUGCCCCUCUGCAGUCUCUCUUUACUCAGAAAUCAUGACCAUUUUAGAGUUCUGAUGAAGGAGGGAAGAUGCUUGCGUCGUCCAAGCAAGAAUGAAGUCAUUUUAGUUAUAUAAAAGGAAUACUUGAUAUUUGCAUGUUGAUCUGUAGUCUUAUUAUCUUCAACAGAACAUUGUCACAUGACAAAAAAAAAAAAAAUCCCAGCUACCCACAAACCUGUGAUCAUUGUUAACAUUCCUCUUUACGUUAACUGUAUGUAAUUUUUUUGCUGAUGAAAACUGUUUCUUGAAAAACAAGAAUAUUGUGUAAAUACUUUAAUAAGUGAAAGUGUGUUUUGUUCUGCUACUGUGUGGAUUCAUUUCACUUUUCAUUACUCCAUUAGACAAAAGUAUUUUGUGACUUAUACCUUUACUUUGUUUUCUUAAUUUAUAGACUCCGGCUGAAAUAAACUGGGGAACAAUGUAAUCUAUGAAUUAUAGUAAUGUGAAAGUUACUCCUCUUGCUUCUAUAAUGUGUUACUUUUGUCCCUGACUCUUCCCUGCCAUUAAUAAAAAUAAAUUUAGAUAUUAUUACUGAUGUGAAUAAGACAGUGGUGUACAGCAAUAUGUGACAUGGCUAUGUUUGAAGAUAUUUUA